AUGGAUGAGAGGCAGGAAAGGCAACGGCCCGUGCCGCCGGCUCGGGUGAAGGCGCGCCGGAUUGCCGCGGAUGGAAUCAUUGGACGUUUAACUUACAGCCCUGCGCAAGUUGGAGAGCCUAUCGGCCAGAUUCGGAGGAACAGGGCAAAGGAUGAGACUCCUCACUUCAAACAAGUUACGCCCUUCACGCAAUGGUGUGCGCCCACGAAAGUCGGAACCUCUCCGCCAGACGAUAUGGGCCCGUUCCGUGUUGCGAGGUCUCAAAAGAAUUGGCUGACGGAGUACCUCCCUGAGUCAUCCCUUGUGGAUGAGGAUCUUGAAAACCUAUUACUCGAAGAAAUUGCAGCAACCCAAACCAACGGCGAGCUCAAGCCGACGGCAAGGACGCCGUUAUUCUCCGUCGGAGAGAUAUCCAGGGUGAGAGCAAACGGUUCUGUUAAGGGCCACCCCACGCUGGCCGUAGCUUCAGGCGUUUCCGGGCAUGUAGUCCGGUUAAUCAACCUCUCCCCGGAGGAACAAUUCUGGGUUGGAGCGGAUAUUCGGGUCCGUCUGCGGUCACCGAAUCCAGACCUCGGCGGUGGGUGGCAAUGCAUAGGGGGGCCACUGUGCUUGAUCAAGUUCAUCGAUGACUCGAGUGCUCACGACCACAUUCGAUGGCUAAUCGUCUCGAACGGUACGUACACGACGGUGUAUGAACCAGAGUUGCGCAUGAUACCCAUGCCGUCCGCUGGAGCGAUGGAAAAAGGCUCGGCCCUCCCUCUCACUACCCAGAUCUUUGAAAAUGCGCUCUUCACGAUUCAUUCUGAGCGCACAGGCGGCGCCUUGCAGUCCGACGUCUCUUUCACGCGGCAUUUCAAGACGGGCAUGCCGCAGCUGGCUAUUGUCGACCAAGCUGGGUUUUGGAGCCUGUGGGAUAUUACAGGUCGCCGUGAUUUGCGACCGAGGAGCCUAGUCCCGGUCCUCAGGAUGUGCGGAAACACAGUCUCUGGGAGCAUCUCACGGCUGCCCUCUUACCCAACUGCGGAACCGGAGCCACACAACGUUCUUUACCUGGCCCUCAAGCGGAAGCGCUCGAAACUAGAAGAUCCUCCACCGCGGCGGUCACUCCUCCUGAGCUGCUCCAAAUCCCUACACCUGUUUGAUCUUACCACGGAAACCUUGGGCUCCUUCACCAACCUUUUUUUGCUAAAGAAUAACCACCGGAUUCUGGGUGUUGCCCCUUCGCGGCUCGACCCAGCUCAAGCCUUCAUCCUCACCAGCACGAGUCUCUUCUGGGUGACGAUGAAGAGGGGCAAGAAAGAUGCCCUCACACUUGACGUCCUCGCAUCAUGCCCCCACCAGCGAGACGUCAACGAUUCAACCCUCCGCCUAGAUGUCUCACCGGGUACCUACAUCAACAACGUCAUGGCCUGCUUCGCAUGCAUCCGAUCCACCCGGGACGCCGAGAUGACCGUGCUCUGGUUCAUCCAACCCCAACGAGGCACUCCUGUCCGCUACCACCGCGACCUGGUUUCACUUGACGACCCACCCAACUUCGUAGGACUCGCUAUCCUACCCGCGGAGCGCCGUAUCGGUAUGGAGCCCACCACACCCGCGGGGCGGUUGCUGCAAAACGCGCAACUGCGCUUCUUUCAACUGUUGACCCUCGGGCCGGACUUGGAUGUACAUAGUGCGCUAUGUGCGUGGUCUGAUGAUGCGACGGUGUCUGUUCCGCCACCUGAUGGGAGCGAGGUGCUCGGGCAGAGUGGGAAUCGGAGGCGGAAGCUGCUGCAGACUCUGACAGACGCGUUUGCGGUCCCAGAUCAGUUUGAUGAAAAGGCCGUGUUUGGGAAGGGCCUUGCGGAGGAGUUGGUGUUGGAGAAGCUGGAGGGCGGGAUUCAGCUUUCUGCUGAUUUGGACCUCAUUGCACGGCACUUGGUAGGGGAUAGCGAAUCGAAGAUGAGUGAGUCUCAAGCAGAGACGAACAACUUCGGGUUCAUUGGGAAGGCUGUCGGGCGUGAAGCGACGGAUGGUUAUAUGCCGCGGCGGUCCCUAUUGGAUCUGGCGAGGUUUGAACAACCUAGCGAUCUUUUCCAGCUGGCUCGCGCAUGGGAUGCUCAACAAGAUGUCCAGCAUCGACAGGCAGAUGGAUGGCUUUUUGUGCCCGAAGCUCGCCGGCCGCUUAAUGACUUUGGCCCCGAUGACCUUGUUGAGAAACUAGAGAACCUAUUCCCUCGGCCGAGCAAGGGCUGGGCGCACCAUAACCGGCAAAAUAUGCUUCGAACCAUGGCCGCCGAGAUGUCUCUCAGCAAUGUCGGCAUCUCAGCCGUCCCUCAGUCCUGGGUCCAGCCAGAGGACGAACCCUCAAGCUCACUACCCUUCCCAGCCUCACCCAGCUUAAUGCCCUCCCAACCAUUACUUCCCAGCUUCAUCAAGAAAGGCAAAGCCAAAGCCGAAGCCCAGGCGCAGGAAGAGCAAGGCGAUACCGUCGUCCUCCGCCUGCGCAAGUACCUCACGCUCGAUACGUCCCCCACCAUCCACGGCGAACCGACCCUCGCCCUCUCCCGUUGGGACCUGGGUGCCGACCCAGACGACAUCACCUGGAAACCGGGACAGGACCUCGAAGCCGAAGAUGCCAUCAACAAGCGAAGACGCAAAGCCGAAGCCCGCCGACGGAAAGCCGAGCGUCUGUCCCAACGCGUCUUUGGCGAAGAGUCCUCCUUUAUGGACCACUCAUCCCAGUCUUUUGGGGCUCCCAUCAUUGUACCCACUAGCGCGCGAAAUAGCAGCCAAAUGACGCCGCAGCCGCAGAUCCAGACACAGUCACAGCCGCAGGCCCAGAUCCAAACGCCCCGCGCAGGGUUCCCGUGGGACUUCUCUUCCCAGCGCCAACACACACCCCAACUUGGGACCCGCGCUUUUGGAUCACCGCGUCCGCGCGCUGGAUCACCGCUGCGGAAGGAGUACAGACAGGGUUCACCAGUGGCGGCGACGACAACGGCAAAGCCCGGGGGUAUAUUCUCGUCGUCGCAGGCGUCGCAGGGGCCGUCGCAGGGGCCGUCGCAGGGCACACCGUCACAAGCCAGAUCGCAGCUAAUACCAGGGCUGUUUGGCGGGCGGCCGUCGCUGUCGCCAUUUAAGAAAGCUGUUUUGAAGAAGGGGAAGAGGAAAAGUGAGAGUCGGUUGGGUGGGUUUCGAUAG